AUGGCGUCAACCCUGAAUGAAGAAAGUGUCGAACGUAAACUCCAUGCUGUUAAUAAUACACAAGAUGGCAUUCAAAGUAUGUCUUUGUGGAUUAUUCACCAUAAAGCACAUCAUAAAAAGAUAGUGGACUUAUGGUUAAAGGUUCUGAAAAAAGGGAAAACCGCACAUCGCCUUACUUUGUUCUACUUGUGCAAUGAUGUGGUACAAAAUUGUAAAAAGAAACAGGCCAAGAUUUACAUGGACACAUUCAAAGGUGUCUUGAAGGAUGCUGCCCCUUUUGUACGUGAUUCUGCUAUAAAGUCCAAUGUUGGUAGAAUAUUUACUAUCUGGGAGGAACGUAAUGUGUAUGAUUCCAACUUCAUAUCGGAACUCAAAGAUAUGCUAGAACCUGACACCUCAAACCGUCAUUCAACGCGUGCUUCUCAGAUGGCAGCAUCACCCAAACAUAAGCCGAAAACUUCAAAACCCACGUCCCAGCAACCUUCAUCGCAACAGCACACGCAACAGACUUCACAAGUUGAUGAAAAAACAAAAUUAAAUCACCAGCAGAUUGUAGCAGAAUUCAAGGCCCAAAAAAUGCUUGAAAAAAUUUCCAGUGUUAGUAAAUUGGAAGCUGAAGGAGAACUAAAACUAAUGCAGCUUUCAACCUUACGCCUGGAUGCUUCAAAUCUUGAAGCAGUCAAACAACUGAAAGAUCGAGCCCAUGGUAAAGAAUUCUCCCGGCAAUUUGAAGAUGCUUGUAACAAACUUGAAGAUUAUGUAGUGAGCCUACAAAAAGAAAUAGACCAUCGAACUGCUAUGAUAACAAUGUUGGAACAGAGUGAACUCUUCUAUGAGGAUCAGUACAGAGAAGCCAAAAUAGUGGCUAAUGCAUACAAAAACUUUGGUUCCCGGGUGGCCAUUGUGAAGAAGAAAUUGGAUGAGCUGAAGUUGACAUUACCUGACCCACCCAGCCCAAUGCCUUCACCCACACCAGAUGCACCGUCACCUGGUAGUACUCCUCCAGCUGAUAUUGAGAUGCAAGCGGAUAACACAGAAGCUGUUGACAUGGAAUUGUCAGAGUCUGAUAAUGAUACCGAUGCUACUCGUAAUAUAUUGGAAGUUGUGAAUGACACAGAGGCUAAUGCUGAAAUGUCUCCACAGUCAAUAACAUGGCCUCCUUCUCCUUCAUCAGAUUCUAACCAAAUGGUGGAUCACAAGGGAUUAACAGAGGACAAUUAUGAUAGUGGUGCAGGUGGCAGCAGCAGCAAGAAGACUGAGGAAUGUAACAGUCUUGAGAAACGAAUUGCUAGUAUGUUGCCAAACUUGCCACUCGGUGCUAGCAUGUCCAGUCCAAUCAAUGAAGUGCCACCUCCAGUUCUACAGCAGUCAUCAUCAAGGAAAGAGCAUCGCUACCACUCUGACCGCAAACAUAGUCGCAGUAGCACCACAGCUUCUGAUGAGAGCCCAGACUGGCUGGAUGGGUCAAACAUCCGGAGCAGUUCUACCAGCCCUGCCCACUCUUCUCAUAAAAGUAGCCAUCGAAAACUGCAUUCAAGCAGCAGUGGUAUGCACAAUUCCAGUUCUUCGUCGUCGUCUUCUUCCAGUCGAGUUGCGUCAUCGACUGCAACGGCGGCUGCAGCAGCAGCAACAGCUUAUGAUUCACCACCCCUGUCAAAUGAUGAGGGUAGCAGUACACCCCUCAAUGAUGAGGGUGGGGGUACGCCAGUGCAGGAUGAGAAAGAAGAACAAACCACGAGGGAAAACCCAAUUGAUUUCCUCACAAAGCUUAUCAAUCAGACGCAAAAAUCUCCAAAGACAAGCACGGCAAGUUUCUUGCAAAAUCUCAUGAACACAGGCAUGAAGCCGUUUACUUCAUAUGACGAUACAAAAACAAAAGAGACCCCUGUUGAUCUCAACCCUCCUACAAUGCCCCCUCAGAUGCCUCCUCCUACUUUAGGGCCCGUCCCAGUGUCAAUGCCAAGCCAAUCAGCCCUGCAGCCCCCAUCUCCUCAGCACAACCAGACAGCAACACCCCCACAGUCAUGGGCUGCUUGGAAAGCCCAACACGGUCCUCCUGAUGAUCUCCCCAACAUGAUCACCUCUGCACCCCCACCACCUCCUCCAAAUAUGCCACCCCAAAUGCUGUCCCCUCAACAGCAUGAACCGGUGGGGAUGCCUUCAAUGCCCCAAAGGCCAGAUAUUACAACAUUGCCACCAAUGAUGGGACCACCUCCUCCACCUGAUCACCUCCCAGGUAUGGCCCCAAUGCCUCCACUCCCUGAACCCUUACCAUCAGGGGUAGCACCAGUUCCACCACCAGACUGUUUACCUCCUGGUAUGGUCAACCCUGGUAAUGAAAGUAUCCCCCCACCAGGUUUGCCUCCAAUGCAACCUCCCCCAGAAUCUGUGGGUAUGGCUAACAUUCAAAGACAUGACCAGAUGGUAAUGCCAGGCGGGAUUCCUGGGAUCAAUCCGCCUUUUCACCCUGCUGACACUCCAUUACCACCCCGUAGUCCUUGGAAACACGACAUGAAUGCGCCAUAUUGUCCAAUUAGCAAUGCCAGUGACCCUUCUGAUGGCUACAACAGCAGCCCCCAGGGUCAAACAAGUCCUGAGCCUUGCCCCAUGCCUCCUCCCUGGAUGAGCCAACCUCCUCCUCAACCACAUGACCCUAGCAUACCACCCCCAUUGACAAUGGGCCCUCCACCGCCUCAUGCUAGACCCAUGGGGCGUUCUGUCCUGCAAGAUUUCUCCAAUCCCUCAGACACCAUUAACCCAUUACCCGACUCCUUGCAAGGAGCCAAACCUCCACCCCAGGCUCCACCCCCAUCAAAUGGGAACACCCCUGCUGUUUACACAAGCAGAGUGAACCGUGUGCUGUCCCAGUCAGAGUUUCUCGAUGAUCAAAGAGAAUUUACUGAAAAAUUGAAACGUAAAACCACCAGCAACCUAGUGACCCCACCCAUAGUUGACUCUCUCCCUGAUCUAACAGAGACAGUCGGGACAGCCGUCCGUAACCUGACUGCUGUCAAACUGGAGGAGGAUGCUAAUGUGGAGAGCAACCCAGCUGCCAACACUGAUGAGACGGAGUCAAACCAGUUGGCAGAUAGUGGCACUGCUGAAGAUACGGAAACAGCAAACAAAGAAGAAGAACCAAAAGGAGCUCCUAUAUUGACUGUUUCGGGUAUUGCUUCUCGGCGUUAUGAACCAGACCGGCUGCGGACUAUUUCUGAUCACAGAGGAGACAGUGGCCGGAGAAAUGACUCCAUGGGUAGGCGCUUUGAGCAGCCUGUUACCGAUCAUACCACUCACAGACAAACCUCUGACUCCUAUCGAGACAGAAGAAGAACAGAUAGAGAGUUCUACAGGAACACACCCUACCAGAGGGAUGCCUAUAGUUACCCCUACAAUCAAGACUGGCAACGGUAUUAUGCCCAGACAAAUCCUUAUAUGGGGCCCCCAGCCAAGCGACCAUAUGAGCCAUAUAAUAUCUACUAUCCCUCUAAAUACUGA